GUGAACAUAAUCGUGGGCACCGGUCAGGGGGUGAACAUAAUCGUGGGCACCGGUCAGGGGGUACGGCUAUUCCCUCAACGCGUAUACGAGGUAUCAGUGCUCGAGAAUCAGUUGACUCCACUCCAGUUGAUUGACUUGAACUCCACCGACGAGAUCGCUCACAAGACCUCGCACUACAGUAUUGUAGGCACCGAUUAUCGGGGCUUAUUCAAGAUCGGGGCCGAAACGGGUCGGCUAAUAGUCACCAGAAGUCUGGACCGCGAGAAGAAAGAUAUGUAUCAAUUGAAAAUCAGAGCCGAAAAUCUAAUCCACCACCGGGUGGGCCGGGAUGUGAGCAGUCAUAUAUCAGAUGCCAACUAUCACUUAGCUUUCGACGAGACACUAGUGAUCGUCAACGUUCACGACGAGAACGACAACCCACCCGUCUUUGAAAACAAGGGCCGACCCAUUGUAGCCGCCGUUCCCUUGGAGGCAGCCUUUGGCUAUCAAGUCGUUAAACUAACGGCCAAAGACGCCGACAUCGGAAUCAAUGGUGCGAUUCGUUACGAAAUCCUCGCCCGAGGGGAUGACGCCUCCGCAAAGUUUCACAUCGACCCGGUGUCGGGGGUCGUCCGGUCUAUGGUUACCUUUACGAUGGACGGCGGCAAACUGUAUGGGUUUGACGUAAAGGCCACCGACCGGGAGGGCAGCGAAACCGGCAACUCGGCCGUCACCAACAUAUUUAUCUAUGUAUUGCCCGAAACCAAAAUGAUUUUAUUCGUUGCGGACAAAGAGCCCAUUCUUGUCGAGAAGAAGACGUCAGAAAUUGUCAGUUAUUUAACAAACAUAACGGGCUUUGAGGUGAAAAUGGCUAAACUGGGACCUCAUACAGAGGGAGACCUUCAGGAGGCCCACUCGACCGAUAUCUUCUUAUAUGCCGUCAAUCCCGAGACCAAUGACAUCGUAGACACCGAGACGUUGUUAGAGGUUUUCCGUCAAAACUCGCAAUCAAUUGUCGAUAAUCUAAGAAAUUAUAAAAUCCGACGCAUCCAAGGGGUGACCGUUCAGGAGAAGAUCAGCCAAAUGGGCGCCACAGAGAUCGCAAUCAUAGCCCUCUCAUCAGUCAUAUUCUUGGGCACUGUUCUGGCCAUCGCUCUCCUCUGCUCCUCUUGCAAGGAAAGGAAAUUACGUCAAAGACAGAGCUCUUGGGAGCAGCAAAGGCUGUACAGCACUAAGAAUCCACUGAUGGGUAAAACAUUAGGUAAUCCAUACGGCAAUCGCGGAGUUCCUGUGGGCAAUGGGCACACCAGCUCUACCUACUCUACUGGCGAUGUCGGCGAUUACGGGGACAGUCUGGCGUCGUAUAAGAGGAACGGUACGCGACCGGGCAGUCGGUCCAACAUAAUGAGUAAAUCGCGACAACAAGUUCCUCCCGACGGCGCCUCAUCGCUCAACCCUCCCCGGAGUCCCCGAUUCUCGGACCGCUAUAAACAGAGUCGCGAGAAUCUGAGCGGCGGAGGUGUAGGCGCCGCCGGCGUCACCACAAUCGCCGACUCCUCGCACGACUGGUACAACCCUCACGACCCCAAAGACGCGACCGGCUCUGUGGGAUCGGGAUUUUCGCGAGGGUCUGGUCGGUCGGCCAGGUCUGGCUAUAGCGGCACGAGUUGGUCGUCCAGGAAAUCCAGGAAUUCCGAGGAUAUGAGUCCCGGAGCCCAGCUUUAG